UCAACAUCACUGCUAUUAUAAUAGUCUAAACAUUAGAUACACUGACUAUAUAUACGACACCUGACGUAGAAAACCAUUGAUAAUAGUAUUUCAUAUAUUAAUUAACAAAACUAUUGACACCAUUGGCGCCACUAUUGACACACAAAUCAUAUGAAUCAAUGAGAGAGAGAGUGAAAGACAACACAUUGACUGUCAAUGUUUUGAUAGACAGACAGUCAGUCAACAAAUCAAUCAAUGAUUUUGUCACUGAAUGGACACUAAAACUGAUAACCAAUUGAUUUGUUUGUUUGUUUGUUUUGGGAUCAGUUUAUUAGUUGUUGUGAUGACUGUGACAGCAAUUAUGUGACCAAAAAAACAUUUGAGUCCAUUGUUUUGGUCAACAAAUUGUCGUUAUCUUCACUAAUCAAUUGAUGAUAUCAUUUGCUGUCCAAAACAUACCAACAAUUUGUUUCUCAAAUUUAUAUUGAUUUUAGUGUUUUUUAUAUUGAAUUUUAUUUUUUAAAUUAUUAUUAUAUUAAAUGUUUUGAAAAUAAAGUAAUAAUUUGUUGUCUGAUUUUAUUUGCGAUGUUUAUCAUCAAUCAUACCAUUGAUUAUCACAAAUAAAAUCAAUUAAUUUUUAUCAAAUAUACUCUAUAUUUGUGACCAAUAAUUAAGACAAUCAGUGGACAGCAAACAACUCAUCAUUUAAAUUGAUUUUAAUGCCAAUCAAGUUGUGAAUGUAUUGACCAAACAAAUGGCCGAAAGUGAUUCCGAUGACCGCAACGAUCGGCCACUGCCGCCAUACGGACCACGAGUCGUAUGCAUUCACAAGUCAGACACGGGUUUCGGUUUUAAUGUGAGAGGACAGGUGUCCGAAGGCGGACCACUUCGUAGUAUUAAUGGUGAACUGUAUGCACCUCUUCAACACGUAUCGGCAGUUCUUGAGUCGGGCGCCGCACAGUUGGCCGGCAUUCGUAAAGGCGACCGAAUACUGGAAGUCAAUGGUAUCAAUGUUGAGGGCGCUACACAUAAACAGGUUGUGGAUCUAAUAAAGAGCGGCGGAGACAAACUAACUCUUACAGUCAUAUCAGUGACGCCAAGAGAGGCCGAGAAGUUGGAGCCUAAUGAAGACACUGCGAGCUAUUCAUACUUAGAUUAUAGCGAAAAGCGAUCGCUUCCCAUAUCAAUACCAGAUUAUAAUUAUAUUGAAAGAAAUGGUGACAAAUACGUUGUGUUCAACAUAUAUAUGGCGGGCCGUCAUCUGUGUUCACGAAGAUAUCGGGAGUUUGUUAAUCUCAAUACUAAUCUUAAAAAAGAGUUUCCAGACUUUCAGUUUCCGAAACUGCCGGGAAAGUGGCCAUUCUCUCUGUCCGACCAACAAUUGGAUACAAGACGUAGAGGUUUAGAGCAAUAUCUUGAAAAAGUUUGUGCCGUUCGUGUUAUCGCUGAAUGCGAUAUAAUGCAAGAGUUUUUGACUGACUUUGAUGAUCAACACGGUACGAACUCAGCACCAGUUGAUCUGAAGAUUUUAUUGCCCGAUAAGAAUACAAUAUCUGUAACCAUACGGAAAAAUAGUACAACAGUUGAUGUUUAUGAAGUGGCCUUCGAUAAGACCGGUCUAAACAAAUCAUUGUUCAAUUAUUUUGCUUUAUUUGAAAUCGUUGAGUACGGCUUUGAACGGAAAUUGUCUCGCAAUGAAUACCCGCACUCACUCUAUAUUCAAAACUACUCGACCGCUGCUUCAACCUGUCUUAUCAUUAAGAAAUGGUUAUUCACGUUAACCAAAGAGAUUGAGUUAAGUAGAGACGAUUUGGCCGAAACAUUCUUCUUUUGGCAGGCUGUGGAUGAUGUAAAUAAGGGUCAGAUAAGACCUGGAAAUAAACUCUAUGAACUCAAAGCUCUUCAGGAUUCAUCCAAAAAAUCAGAGUACCUAAAGUUGGUCCGAACUCUGGAUGGUUAUGGAGAACUAUCAUUCCCCCAUUGCUCAUGUGAUGCUCGUAAAGAAGGACAUGUGAUCGCUACUAUAGGCACUCCCUGUUUUAAACUGCAGGCGUGUAAAGAUGAUGGUAUACUUGAGUCGCAAGUAAUUGACUUUAGUUGGGACAGUAUAAAGGAGUGGGAGAUCGAUGAGGAGGGCCUUGCAUUUGCUUUCCAAUAUAACAGACCCGACAAAAAGCCCCGAUUCGUCAGAAUCCAUACGCCAUAUCACGUUUUCCUUUUCGACUGUUUUGAACGGAUCCGAGAGGAAAGACUUGCUUUCGAGCACAAGAAGAUUGAAUAUAAAGACGAAAGAUUCUAAUGAUAAUUAAAAAACAGUUGAACUGUUAGUACAAUCGUUACAAUUGUAUCAAAUGAUUGAUACAAAAAACAAAGACAUGUUUACAUUCAGGACAUAAAUUAUAUGUUUUGUGGU